GCUGUGGCCCCAAUCUUGCCGUAGGGUGGUGUCUUCGUGACGAGACGUGCAAGUUUUUUGUCUCGGAAGAGGACCCUCCAUGCUCCAUUGCCAUGCAUGACAAGGGCCGCCGGAUGGCGGUUCAGAGAAUCGAACGCAGCAUGUCUUUGCCGCCCAGCCAAAUCAGACUAUAUAUCCCGAUGGUGCCUGUCUAGCUUGCCUCGAGGAAAUCUUCCAUAUUCGUCGUUUUAUCCACGCCUUUUCCCAUACAGUCUUUCCUUCCUUCCUUUUUCUCCUUCUCCGUCCUCAUCCCAGCUCAAACUCGACGUCCUUUUCCUACUCUUGGUUCGAGCACUUGACACCCCACCACCACCACCAUCUCCCUACCUCUCCAACUUGACGCCCGCCCAGUGUAUAUUAUUCCGGUUUCUAUAUUCCAUUUUAUCGGCUCGGCGCCUAUUUCCUGACCUCUUCAAUGAGAGUUGGUUUCGUUCGUGCUCGUCGUUGAACUUUGCUGGAUAUCGUUUCCGGUAAACUCUUGUUUGAAGUUCCAAGAGUUGCGUCUCACCCGCAGUUGACGGCCCGCUCACCAAUACUGGACAUUUUGCCAGCUGGCACUCAACAUUCUGACAGCUUGCCAGCUCGCUUCACUUAACCGAGAAAAGUUUUCUCUCAAUCCAGAAAUCUAUAUAUUGGCUGAACCUGAAAUCAAGUUUUUGCUUACACCUGCUGGAGCAUCGGUAUCCUUGCUCUCGUCCAAACUUCACUACGGCAUUCUUAUAUGAUCUACUAAAUCAACACACUUGCUUACCUCAAUGAAUUCUCAAACAACCCCUACAAUGGCGGGGUCACUCUUUGGCAUUGGCGCUUAUAUCUUGCCCUCGUCGGAUUUUUGGACCUCUCCUGCAUUUUGGGCAGUCGUGUUCUGGACCCUCUGGAUCCAUCGCUAUCUUCGUCUCUUGGUUCACUGUGUGAGCCAUUGGUCUUACAAGUCGAAACCUAUCCCAGCGAAGCCGAAAUUCACCCCCGAAGAUGUUACUGUCGUUAUCCCCACGAUUCAUACCGAGUUCGAGGAGCUUCGCCCGUCCCUUGAGAGCAUCUUGGCUUGUAAACCUGCCGAGUUGCUUCUUGUUACUACCCAUGACAAGCGAAAGGCCCUUGAUAAGCUGGCAAAGACUCUUAACUAUCCCUCUAUUCGCGUCUUCGACACCCCAAUUGCGAACAAGAGGCUGCAGGUUUGCGAGGCUCUGCCAAAGGUUCAGACCGCGAUUACUAUCAUGGCGGAUGAUGAUGUUACUUGGCCAUCUACUCUCAUGCCCUGGAUCCUAGCACCCUUCGAGGACCCCAAGAUUGGUGGUGUUGGCACUUGCCAAAGAGUCCGCCGAGAAUGGGAUUCGCCCUUGGCUGCUCGCUUGUGGAAUUGGCUUGGAGCCGCAUACAUUGAGCGAAGAAACUUUGAGAUUUCCGCAACGCACAACAUGGACGGAGGAACCUCGUGCAUGUCUGGGCGAACCGGUGCUUACCGUUCCGAGAUCUUGCAAAGCCACGACUUUUUGCACGGUUUCAAGAAUGAGAAGUGGCGCAAAUGGAUCCUCAAUGCUGAUGAUGACAACUUUGUCACCCGUUGGCUCGUCAGCCACCAGUGGAAGACUUGGAUUCAGUACAACGCUGAAUGCGAAAUCGAAACCACUUUGGAGAAUAGUUCCAAGUUCCUGUACCAAUGCACGCGCUGGGCUCGCAGCAACUGGCGUAGCAAUUGGACCAGCCUUGUUAGAGAAAGACAUGUCUGGAGCCAACAGCCAUGGUGCACAUAUGCCCUUCACAUUGCAACUUUUACCUCUCUGGCCUUCCUCUUUGACCCCCUUCUUCUGCUCACCUGCUGGUGGUCCACCGGUAACUGGGCUACGGAACAAAGACUUUGGGCUGUAGGGUCCCAAUUCCUCUUCAUGUUCGCCUUCACUAAGGUUGUCAAGCUGAUGGGUCUGUUUCGACGCAACCCAUCCGACAUUGUAUAUCUUCCCCUUUCCAUUGUGUUUGGUUAUUUCCAUGGCCUCAUCAAGCUGUACGCUCUCGUUACUCUUAACAUGACGUCUUGGGGUAGCCGCGCUGAUGGUGAUGCCAACGAUGAGCAACGUCUGGCCCCCGCUCCUCGACCCUCUGUUGUUCUCAAAACUCCUCCUGGAUCCGGCUCUCUCAUUCGCUUCAACGUCCGUCAGCAGGGAAGACAGACGCAGUGGAGAGAGGCAGCCGAAAGCGUGUUGGAGAAGCAUGCCCUAGCCGCUCACGACUAUGGUGGUCAUUCUCCUAUGCUUCUCCUGGCAGACUCCAUGGAGCAAAAUUGAACAGCAGCCUCAGGCAGUGUCUUCGAAGCCGAUUCGAGCUUGCGCAUUCGCAGCUGUUCGUCAACCACCCUGAGCUAUCAUAUCAACACCUGGUGAUGGUUGUUGUUAUUGACGCUUUCUUCGUUUUUUGUUUGUUGCUGCUGAGUACACCAUUGGCUCAACAAUCGGUCAUACAGAACAUUUACGAAGCAUGAAAAAAAGAUGCCAUGUAAGGCUCAUGGCAUUAGCAUCUACUGGCGUUUGGAUUUGAAUUUUAACACUUUGCAUCUGUGGCAUCGCCCAAUUGGAAUGGCGCAUAGAAGAUGCCACAAAAAGUUUUUUGUUAGGAAAUUCCAUUGUAUUGUAUUCUCUCAUUCGGUCAUCAACGGUCAAGGUUUAACAGGGAAAUAUCGGAUUCACUCAUAAUACAGACACAUUACAAGCAG